AUGUCCGCCAUAUCGUCGCCCGAGCCUGUCAUCCUCUCAGCUCAGAUGCCUCUCGCCGGCCCCGGCCAUGGCUCCAGCACGAACGACGACCUCGAGAGGCAAGUUGUUGUUGGCCUUGAUGUUGUUCAUCGAGAUGGAAACGACGACGAGAGAGUGAUAGUACCGGCCGUCAAGCCGAUGGCCUGGCUGGACCGCUUUCUUGCCCUCUGGGUCUUCCUUGCCAUGGCAGUCGGCAUCAUGCUGGGCAACUUUGUGCCCUCGACCGGUCCGGCCCUGCAAAGGGGAAAGAUUGCCGGCGUUUCGGUGCCCAUCGCCAUCGGCCUUUUCGUCAUGAUGUAUCCGAUCCUGUGCAACGUCCGAUACGAGUCUCUGCACCGCAUUCUCGCCCGUCGCUCCAUCUGGGGCCAGGUCCUCUUCAGUCUCGUCAUAAACUGCAUCGUUGCCCCUUUCUUCAUGCUUGGCCUCGCAUGGGCUUUCCUCCCCGACAAGAGCGAAUUACGCACUGGUCUCAUCCUUGUUGGCCUUGGGAGAUGUAUUGCCAUGGUCCUCAUCUGGAACGGGCUGGCCGGCGGCGACGACGAAUACUGCGCCAUCCUCGUCGCCAUCAACUCGAUCCUCCAGACUGUCCUCUUCGCUCCACUCGCCGUACUCUUCAUCCGCGUCCUGGGCGGCGAGACGGCUGUGGCCCACAUCUCGUACGAACUCGUCGCCACGAGCGUCGCCGUCUUCCUUGGCAUACCUCUCGCAGCCGCCAUCAUGACGCGUCUUGCCUUGCGCACGACGGCCGGGACCGCCUGGUAUGACCGUGUAUUUCUCCCAUGUGCUGCGCCUUGGUCCCUGGCCGGCCUUUUAUACACCGUCAUCGUUCUGUUCGCCUCCCAGGGGCGUCAGGUCGUCCACCAGAUUGUGUCCGUCGUCCGCGUAGCGGCACCCCUUGUCGUGUAUUUCAUUUCCAUAUUUUGUUCCACCCUGUUCAUUACCUACCGUCUUGGCUUCAGAUACCCCCUUGCCGUUACUCAGAGUUUUACUGCAAGCAGCAACAACUUUGAGCUAGCCAUCGCCGUGGCCGUGGCCGCUUUCGGGCCCGACAGCGACGAGGCUCUCGCAUCGACCGUUGGGCCGCUCAUCGAGGUUCCUGUUCUCGUCGGUCUCGUCCAUCUUGUGCGAUUUACACGCAAGAGAUGGGACUGGAGAGAGUGA